AUGCAUCGAACCAGUCUGAAUCGGCAAUCAUCUUUUCCAAAAUUAGGUCUGGACGCUCCAUGGACAAAAACCAAAGACGAUGUAGCUGGUUUUUAUAAAGUUGACGAGGCUAAAGGUCUCUCAGAAGAACGUGUUAGACAAGAUCUUGAAACAUACGGACCCAAUGAGCUACCAGUCGAAGACGGCAAACCACUAUGGAAACUUAUUUUAGAGCAAUUCAACGAUCUUCUAGUCAAAAUUUUACUUGCUGCCGCUUGCAUAUCAUUUGUAUUAGCUUUAUUUGAAGAACACAAAGAAGGAGAAAGUCUUGUAGCAGCUUUUGUAGAGCCACUUGUUAUUCUUCUCAUUUUAAUUGCAAAUGCUACAGUUGGUGUUUGGCAAGAACGGAACGCCGAAAGUGCUAUUGAAGCAUUGAAAGAGUAUGAACCUGAAAUAGCUAAAGUUGUGCGCCAAAAUCGACCAGGACAAAUUCAACGAAUAAAAGCUCGUGAACUUGUUCCUGGAGAUGUUGUUGAAGUCGCUGUCGGUGAUAAAGUACCAGCAGACAUACGAAUAACAACAAUUCAUUCAACAACACUUCGUGUUGAUCAAUCAUUAUUGACUGGUGAAAGUGUUUCGGUUAUCAAACAUACUGAACCGGUUGGUGAUGCACGUGCUGUCAAUCAAGAUAAAAAGAAUACUCUAUUUUCAGGAACAAACAUUGCAUCCGGCAAAUGUCGAGGUAUUGUUGUUGGAACUGGUUUAAAUACAGAAAUCGGCAAAAUUCAAUCAGUUAUGGCUGAUACUGAAGAAGAAAAAACCCCAUUACAACAAAAAUUGGAUGAAUUCAGUGAACAAUUAUCUAAAGUUAUAACAAUUAUAUGUGUUGCUGUAUGGGCUAUCAAUAUUGGUCACUUCAAUGAUCCAGUUCAUGGUGGUUCAUGGCUUCGUGGAGCUAUUUAUUAUUUUAAAAUUGCUGUAGCUCUAGCUGUUGCUGCAAUUCCUGAGGGUUUACCAGCUGUCAUCACAACUUGUCUUGCAUUAGGAACACGGCGAAUGGCAAAAAAGAAUGCGAUUGUUCGUUCCUUGCCAUCAGUUGAAACACUCGGUUGUACAUCAGUUAUUUGCUCGGAUAAGACAGGAACAUUAACAACAAAUCAAAUGUCUGUUUGUCGUAUGUUCGUAUUUACAAAGGCCGAUGGAAAUGAUAUUCAAAUAGAUCAAUUCGAAAUAACUGGCUCUACUUAUGAACCUAAAGGCGAUAUUCUCUUUAAUGAAGCUAAAUUUAAUUGCUCGCAACGUAGUGGUUUGGUUGAACUGGCUGAAUGCGCAGCUCUCUGUAAUGAUUCAUCAUUAGAUUACAAUGAAGCGAAGAAAAUAUUUGAAAAAGUUGGUGAAGCAACUGAAACUGCUUUGACUGUUCUCGUUGAAAAGAUGAAUGUUUACAAUACUGAUAAAUCUCGUUUGUCACCACAAGAAUUGGCUAUGGCAUCCAAUACAAUCAUUCGUCAAAAGUAUCGCAAAGACUUUACAUUAGAAUUUUCACGUGAUCGAAAAUCAAUGUCAUCUUAUGUUACAACAACAGCUAAAGGUGUAAGCAGUGCGUCACAAUCGCCAAAUAAAAUGUUUGUUAAAGGCGCACCAGAAUCUGUUAUUGACCGAUGCACACACAUUCGAGUUGGAACACAAAAAGUUCCCAUGACACCACAAAUUCGACAAGAAAUCAUGAAAUUAGUGCUUCAAUAUGGAACAGGUCGUGAUACAUUACGUUGUUUAGCAUUAGGUACAAUUGAUAAUCCGCCAAGAAGAGAAGAUAUGGAUUUAGAAGAUGCAAAAAAAUUCGCCAGCUAUGAAACUAAUAUCACAUUUGUUGGUGUUGUUGGUAUGCUUGAUCCACCACGUACUGAAGUUAUCGAUGCUAUUGCACGAUGUCGAGACGCUGGUAUUCGUGUUAUUAUGAUAACUGGAGAUAAUAAGAAUACAGCCGAAGCUAUUUGUCGUCGAAUUGGUAUCUUUAAAGAGUCACAAAAUACUAAAGGCAAAGCAUUCAGUGGCCGUGAAUUCGAUGAUCUGUCACCGGAAGAACAAUCAGAGGCAUGUCGUCAUGCUAAAAUGUUUGCUCGUGUUGAUCCCGCACAUAAAUCAAAGAUUGUUGAAUAUUUACAAUCACAUGGUGAAAUCACUGCUAUGACAGGUGAUGGUGUUAAUGAUGCACCUGCUUUGAAAAAAGCCGAAAUCGGUAUCGCUAUGGGUUCUGGUACAGCUGUAGCUAAAUCAGCAGCUGAGAUGGUUUUGGCUGAUGAUAACUUUUCAUCAAUUGUUGCUGCUGUUGAAGAAGGUCGAGCUAUUUAUAAUAACAUGAAACAAUUUAUUCGUUACUUGAUUUCAUCGAAUAUUGGAGAGGUCGUUUGUAUCUUUUUGACAGCUGCACUUGGUUUACCAGAAUCAUUGAUUCCUGUUCAAUUACUCUGGGUAAAUUUAGUUACUGAUGGUCUACCAGCAACAGCUCUUGGUUUCAAUCCACCCGAUUUGGAUAUCAUGGAACGUCCACCACGUAAUCCAAAAGAGUCUCUUAUCACACCAUGGUUAUUCUUUCGAUAUAUGACUAUUGGAAUAUACGUAGGAGCAGGCACUGUUGGUGCCUCAUGUUGGUGGUACGUGUCGUAUCACGAUGGACCACUGUUGUCGUGGUCGCAACUGAAACAUCACUUCAAAUGUCGUGGCGGUGGUAAAGAAUGGGAAGAUAUUGAUUGUGAUGUCUUCGAUGAUCCACAUCCAAUGACAAUGGCUCUUUCAGUACUCGUCACAAUUGAAAUGUUAAAUGCACUUAACAGUUUAUCUGAAAAUCAAUCUCUCGUUAAAAUGCCUCCAUGGUAUAAUAAAUAUCUUCUAUUUGCAAUUGCCUUAUCCAUGUCAUUACAUAUGAUGAUUCUCUAUAUUCCUAUGUUCAAUACCGUAUUUCAAAUUUGUCCUUUAACAUGGGAAGAAUGGUUUGCUGUAUUGAAAAUAUCUGUUCCUGUUGUUCUACUGGAUGAAGUAUUAAAGUUUAUAUCAAGACGUUACGUUGAUAAAACCGAAUCGCAUAUAAGCGUGUGGAAUGGUUUGAUAAGUUUAGCUAUAAUGUGUGCUCUCUAUGGAGCUCUUAUUACCUAUUCGCCUAUAUUCCAAUCUUGGGAUGGCUUUACUCAUCAUCCACCUGCAAAUACUACAACCUACACAGACUUUCGUUAUAAAAACAUGGAUCUAUGA